GACUCCAAUAAUCCUACCACCUUGUCAGUUUCCACCACCAUGCAUUCACAUCAAUCUCCUCCUCCCUCUCCUAUUCCCAAGUAUUUGCAGGCAAAUGAUUUGACCCAAGAAUGCAGGGACAUCAUAUCCUCUCUGCCUAAAGAAGAAGGCUGGGUUUCAAAUCACCUCCACCUGUACCAUGGUUGUUGGAUCACACCUAGGUACAUGCCUGGAGUUCUCGCAUUCCAGAAACAUUUCCAGGCUCGGGACACUGAUAUUAUCCUCGCGACCACUCCCAAAGCCGGCACCACUUGGUUGAAGGCGAUUUUGUUCUCGCUUUUGAACCGGGUGAGCUAUCCGGACCUCCAAAAACAUCCUCUACUCACAAGCAACCCUCAUGUUCUUGUGCCCUUCUUGGAGAUUGAUCUGUACAUUGAAAACCAGGUUCCAGACCUCACAUCCUUCGUCUCUCCAAGGCUUUUUUCAACUCAUUUAUCUUAUAACUCGCUACCGACAUCCGCAAAAGUCUCGAAUUGCAAAAUAGUGUAUUUAUGCAGGAACCCAAAAGACACCUUUGUGUCACUUUGGCAUUUCACGAAUAAGUUGAGAUUAAAGGGAACCAAUUCGCUUGAAGAGGCUUUUGAUAAAUUUUGUAGGGGAGUGAGUUUGUAUGGACCCUAUUGGGAUCAUGUCUUAAGCUUUUGGAAGGAAAGCAUAGAAAAUCCUCAAAAAGUUCUUUUCUUGAAGUACGAAAAAAUGAAAGAGCAACCCACUUAUGAGUUGAGGAAGGUGGCUGAGUUUUUGGGGUGCCCUUUUACUCCGGGAGAAGAGGCGAAGGGUGUGGUCAAUGAUAUUUUAAGGCUGUGUAGUUUUGAUAAUCUGAGCACUUUGGAGGUGAAUAAAAGUGGAAAAUUGUCAUCUGGAGAGGCAAAUGAGGCGUUUUUUCGACGAGGCGAAGUUGGAGAUUAUACGAAUUACUUGACUCCCGAGAUGGCAGAGAAACUAGACCGUAUUACCGAAGAAAAGUUUCGUGAGACCCAGUUAAAAUUCUAGGUAGUACUCUUCAAGUACUUGCAUGGUUUUACAUAAACGUACGUCUGUUUUUGUUACUCAAUGUAAUCUAUGUUUAUUUUGGUCGAUCGGCCUCCAAUAAACGUACAUGGUCAUCAACUUGCUGUAUUCUUUAGCUACUUUGCCACUUCUUGAUGUA